AUGCAUCAUUUACGCCACCGCCCGCCGGCGACCCGGAAAUGCGCCCCUCUACCGUCCCCGUUCCCCGUCGCACUGCCAACACGUCUUCGCCCCACUCCCUCUCACUCCGCCGACCUCGCUGUGACCCCAGCCAUGUCACCCGGGCAGCCGCGCCCCGAUCGCGCCCUCAAGCGGCGCCGCACCUCGUACGACGAGCUUGAGACGGUCAAGCACGCCAGCCACACGGGCGACGCGCUCACCUCGCCGGCCCUUUCCGCCGCCCUUUCCGACCUGCUGCAGGCCCGCCGCCUGUCCGACGCGGCGCGCGCCGGCAUCGAGGAUGCCCUCAAGAAGGUAAAAAAAUCCCUGGACGCCCUACCGAAGAAGAAGACCCUGCAGCUCGACAGCCCCGCCGUAAGAAAUGUCCUCCGGAAGGUCGCAAAAGGGAGGAGGGACUCUCUGUGCCGCUCGGGCGUAGUUCAGGAGCUCGUCUGCACGCCACCGGGGAGAGUCGAUCUUGUCGGCUCGUUCCUGCUGAAAUGCGCGACGAAACCGGUCGUCGAUGUGGCUGUGGAAAUGCCCGCCGAUCUUUUCCAGACCAGGGACUAUCGUGCCUAUCGGUAUCAUGACAAGCGAUUGCUUUAUCUCGUCUAUCUCGCGCGCCAGUUUGUGAAGACGGAGGAGGAGGCGUACGCCGAGGUGUCGCUCGUCAUGUCGUUUCUCAACGGCGACGAGGCGAAGCCCGUCUUGUGCGUCACGCAUGUCGACCAUCCUGAGGUCAACGUCCGCCUCCUGCCGACCUACCCUCAUGACGUGUUCGCCAACCACCAUCUAGGCGAGGAGAAAGUCCACAUCCGCGAAGGCCCCGACUCCGAGAAUGCAAAGCCUUCGCCAGCCACCAUUGCCUACAACGCUUCUAUUUUGAUCGACACAACUCUGGUUGCAAAUCUUCAGGCGCUUUAUGCUGUCGUGGCCGGUGCACCCGCUUUCGCUGACACUGUGAUGCUGCUCGAGGCGUGGUGCGUCCGGCACAGGCUGUACAAGUCCAACUUUGUCAGUAUUGCGCUAUUGGCAAACUUGAUCAAAAAGGGGGCAGCUCCGUCCCGGGCGCCGAGAGAGCAAUUAUUUCGCUGCGCGCUCAGCGCUAUCUCAGCGGGGGGGUUGAAAGCUUUGCGAUUGGGGGAUAUGCGUGUGUGCGCUUCGUUUGAUGCAGGAUUUUUGGAGAGGUGCGCAGAAUGUGCUACCAUGGCUAUUUAUGUGAUCGAGAGCAAGGCGGCAGAAACGGAUCCGUGGGUGGGCAUCUUACCAUUUCUGUUUACGCAGGCUCGCGGCUCCAAAUGUGUUGCCCGGCCCUUGUGCACGCUAUUUGAUGGCUUUGUGAAGAUUUUGGGUGGGAACGAAGCGAGUUCUGCACUGACGGCCCAGAAACAUUUGCAUGUGCUGAAACGUGCGCUUGUAGAUACUCAUCGUGCAAAGAGAAUCGAACGCCUGGAAGGUGGAUUGUUUGGUUUCACGCUUUCAUUGGCGAAAGAUGCGAAUCGCAGGGUGGACAUGCGGCCAGAGUCAUGGGAUGCGCCCUCGUUCAUGGCGUUUUGGGGCAAGAAGGCAAAUGUCCGAAGUUUCGAGAAUGGGAAAAUUGUAGAAGCAUUAGUUUGGAGUGGUGGCAGUCGAACACUCCAAGAAAUGACAUCAUAUGCGUUUGAGAAGCAUUUCGGAGAUGAUGUCAAGGUGCAGGUAAUACUGGGUGAUCUUGAGGAGGCGUCUGGUUCUGACGCGCAUUAUGAAGCCAGUGCAACUCGUGCAAUUGCUGGGUUUAACGAACUGGCCAAGCUACUCCGGUCGUUGGAAGGCGUUGUAUUGGGCAUUCGAGGAGUUCAUGCUACAUCGUCUCAUCUCAGAAGAUGCGGAAUUCCGUCAAAAGGAUUUGCGCAAACUGGCGGUAUUCGCCAUGCUUACCCGCUGGACAUCGUGGCGACGUUUGAGACAUCUGCAGCAUGGCCAGAUAACCCAGUGGCGAUUUGUGCGGCGAAGGCCUCGUUUUACGUUUCGUUGAAGGGGGCUCUUGCGGAAAAAGGGAUUGCUUCAAAUUCCACAAUCUCUUUUCUAGACAUCACACUAUCAGAAUUUGUAUAUCGGUUGCGUAUUAAGGUUGACAAAGAGAAGGAUCUCCUUAUUGAUAGCCCUGCAACUUACGAAGGUGUGGUGUGGGAAACAGAGAAGCGAGUGCGACACCACGACAACAUGUCAUGUCUAGGAAAUCCAUUGAUAGGAAGCGUGGCGAGAAUGGCCAAGAAAUGGCUGAACAGCCAUUUGAUGCUGUCGCAGAUGGGGUCAAGAGGAGAGGAACUUGUGGAAGUGCUGGUAGCCAGUAUGAUGUUGCGGCCCGAAGUCUCGAAACGGAAGUCGGUGUUGGGAUACUUUUGCCAGUUUUUGCAUUUUCUUUCAGACUUUCCGUGGGAAGUUUGUCCUCUAGCAGUACUGAUGGAAGAUGAGGAGGCAAGGGAGUUGUCGAAGGACAUGAGUGACAGACUUGAAGAAGUUGAGACGUUUCGCGAACGGGUGCAGGAUCGGUUUUCCAGGAAAUGCGAUGGGCGAACGUUUUUCUCAGUGUACAAUGUAUGGGACAGAGAUGAGAAUGAGGCUGGAACGUUUUUCGGUCAAGGAUAUGGUCCGGAAACGUCGAUCGCCAAAAUGAUUGUUGCGUCCGCUGGGUCAGCGCUGCGGCACAUUGAAGACAGCGUGACAAAGGCGGGUGCAGGCAAGACAAUGAAGUCGUUAUUUACACCGUACCUGGGUGUGUACGACCUGGUGCUUGAGCUGAACAGAGAGCUGGUGCCAUUCCGCGAGGAGGCUAGCCGGAAGGGACCGUUCCACGGACGCGGGUCUGCGUUUGUUGGGUUCGACACGGUGCAGAUGCUGCGGAACAAGCUGGAGAUCAGGCUUGGAGAGUUUGCACUGUUUACUACUGAAGUGUGUGUGCGGGCCGAGAUCUAUGUGGUGUGGCGGCCGGAGGCGUCGGGUAGUUGCGCAUUCUCUCUUGCUCGGGCGCCGUUUCGAGAACCUGUCGGCGAGACCAAGACUCUGAAGGCGGAUCGGAUGGAGAUGGUGGCGGAGAUGGUUAGUCUCGGGAAAGGGCUGAUUCGGAAUGUUCGUUACAUCGAAAAGGAGGGCGGGAAGUGA